CUUGGUGUCUGCAGUCGCUGGGUCGCGGCUGAGCCUGCACACAGAGAUGCCUCUCACAGCGGCAGCAGCAGUUUCCCAGACUCCAGCGAGCAGCAGCAGAAACAGACGGACAUCAGCUUGCUCCUCCUCCACCUCCUCUUCUUCUUCAUCCCUCUGCUCCUCCACCCCCCCACUGCCGGACCACGUCUGAACGCUCCUGGAUGCGCUGCAACACGGGAGCAGAGUGAACGCCGUGUUCCUCCCCUCCUCCUGCACUCCUCUACCGGGACGCACAGACCGGACCGGCCCCUGUGUCAUUGGAUGGAGAGAGGCGCCUGAAGAAGGGAGAGCGGUGGAGUUGCUCUACCCUCCUCCUCCUCUUCGUCCUCCUCCUCCUGCACCUCCUCCUCCUCCUUCGUCCCUACUGCACCAAAAGAAAACUCCGGGCUGGCCGCAGCACCAUGUCCUCGGCUCAAAGUGGCGAUAUAUCAGGCUACCAUCAGAGCGUGGUGCGUAACCCGCCCGGCUGGGAGGUGGGCAUCUACCUGGUGGGCUUCCUCGUGCUGCUGGGUGUGGCUGGGCUCAACCUCUGGAAGCUGUGGAAGUCUGGUACCUUCCCCAAGCCGUCGCCCUUCCCCAACUUUGACUAUCGGUACCUGCAAGAGAAAUAUGGAACCUCCUUCUCAGAAGUCAGACAAAAGAGAGUGGUGGCCAACAACCACCGGAGGACCUCCACCACCUCCAGCCGAAAACCCAGCCUGGCCCUCGGCGAAACCACGGAUUGCUUCAGGGACCUGGGCCACCUGGAGCUCAUGAGCAGGGAGCUGGACCCGACCGGCAUCGCCCAACUCAACCGCUCCAUCUCCACCGACUCGCUCAGCUCCAUCUCCUCCAUUGCCAACAACUUCGGCCACGACUACACGGUGGGCCAGUUGGAGGUGACGCUGGAGUUCGAACCGCCCAGGCAGCCGGGCCAGGGGAUGGGGAUGCUCCACAUCACCCUUCAUCAGGGGAAGGACCUGCUGGAGAAAGAGGAGGGAGACUUCCCAGGCUGCUUCAUCAGAGUCACCCUGGGGCCAGAGGACAUACAUGUGGGAGUCACACGGGUCCAGACCAAUGCAUUCACCGUGAUUUUUGUAGAGCGCUUCUCCAUCCCCAUGGAAUCGUCCAAUUUGGAGGAGUACAGCCUGCUAUUCUCCGCGUUUGGCAUCGACGCUGAAGAGAGGAACACCAGCGCAGGAGUGGCAGAUCUCAAGCUGUCAGACCUGGACCUGACCAUCAGACCUUUCAACGCGUGGCUCUACCUUCAAGAUGUCAAUAAGGCUGUAGAUGCAGUUGGCGAGAUCCUCUUGUCUCUCAGCUAUUUGCCCACAGCAGAGCGCCUCACUGUGGUUGUGGCCAAGUGCAAGAGCCUAAUGUGGACCAACAGCAAGAACACGGCAGACCCGUUCGUCAAAGUUUAUCUCCUGCAAGACGGCAGGAAGAUCAGCAAGAAGAAGACGUCCACCAAAAGGGACGACACAAACCCCAUCUUCAACGAAGCCAUGAUCUUCUCUGUGCCGUCCCUCGUACUGCAGGAGCUGUCGCUGAGGGUGACGGUGGCCGAGGCCACAGACGACGGUCGGGGGGAGAACCUGGGUCACGUGAUCAUAGGUCCCGAGGCCAGCGGGAUGGGGAUCACCCACUGGAACCAGAUGCUGGCCACUCUGAGGAAACCCGUGUCCAUGUGGCACCCCCUGCGCAGGAUCUAGUCCUGUCUGCCCUUCUACACACCAGACCUGUUUCAAGUUAAAACACUUGCUUCUUCAGAGUCUCCCCCCUUCAUGCGGUGCCAUACUCUAAUCUGUUUCGGGAGAAGAGAGUAUAUUCUGUGGCCCACAGGAGAAUACUCUUUGUGGCUUAUGUCUCUCUGGUGGUUUUUUUCUGAUAUGUAAGAAGUUGGAGUAAACACCUUACAUUCAUAUAAAGGGGGGGGGGGGUCUGAAAAGCAAGUGUUUGACCCUGAACUGGGUGUUUCUGGAUGCACAGGGAUCAAUUAUACAUUGAAUCCUGUCUUUAUUAUUUGGCUUCAUCCUGGAUCAGAUGCACUAUGGCAGAGGGUGGUGUUUGGCAUGGAGAAGUCAACCCAAACUAAUCCUGCGAUCCCUACAUUAGCAAGUCCCCCCUUUGGUUUGAGAACUGGCCUGACUCCCCCAUUCAUUCUUAAAUAUCUCCAUCAGAAACGUCAGUGUGGAGUUCUAAUUCAGUAAAAGGUGACCAUGCCAUACGCCCUACCCCCUCCACCCUCCUCUCUGCAUGGUGCCUACUCUGGUUGUAGCCUAUUAUAGUUGUCUAGAGAAUGAACGGCCGGACGGGAGGGGGGGGAUUGCUUCUCUUUCAGGAAAACUCUCAUUUAUCUUUUUCGAACCAAGUCAUCGAUUGGGGCCUGCUCGAUCGAGUCCGCUCUAUUGGAUGUGGUUUGUGUUUGUGUCAACAGUGAGACCCACAAACAGUAGAGGUUUUUGGUAUGUUCAGUAUUUAUUGUGCUUUUAAGAAAAUGAAAACAAAAAAAAUCUAAAUCCAGGUAUUCUUAUCCAGGUGAAAUUAUUGUAAUUUGUAGCAGUUGUUACAGGGUGGCCAAAUCAGAUGUACUCAACAUAUAAAUUUCACUUCACAUUUGUUCUAUUUUUAACCACACUAAUGGCAAUACUGGUUGCAGAAGCAUAUUUAACAGUGUAAAUAGUACAACAGUCUUCAUCAUUGCCCCUAAAUUUUGGGGGCAAAUCAUGUUUUUUCAUACAAUCACACAUCAAUGAACUUAAUUUAAACAACACUGUAAUUAACACCAGUAUUGUUGCUGAUCAAUAAUGUAUUAUGAUUAAAACACCUCUGGGAAUUUAACUUGUGAUGUAAAGUAUACUAACCCCUUUAAACAGGUUUUAAUUUAUUUAAUGUCAGAGGUAAGACCUUGAUAGCUUUUGUCGUAAAACCACCUGCAACCAUGGGGGAUUCCUAGGUGAGUCCGGAACUGGAGCCACUGUGCAGCUCUCAGUUAGAAUGGUAAUGAGGAUUAAAAGUUUUUUGGGGGUUAAAAUUAAAAUAAUGUGACAAGUCUUGUGAAAGUCAGAACAUAAAGGUGGAUUUUGAUCUGUUUGAGACAUUCUCUAAAACAUUGUGCAAUAGUGCUGUUUUGUUGUAACUCUCUGAAUGUGAAUUAUCAUAUGGAAUAUCUGCUAACUCUAAAAGCGUUGUCAGCCUUAUGAAUUGUUUUGAAUUUUUUCUUCCAGCAGAACCCACUUCACAUUUUUUGGUUGAGCUCCGACCACGUUCCUCACUUUUCCAAAACAACAAACCUGUGGUCAUAGAACAGACAAUAUUUCCUAUUGUGCCAAAUAAUAAAGCAAUAUUUUCAUUUUACAAUCUGCAUUUGCAUUCAACCCAACAGAGCUGUAGCCUACAUCAGACCAUGCAUGAAAUUAUUUAGCACUUGAUGUGAAUGUGCCUCAAGAAUUCAGUGUAUUGUGUGAAUGCUGUUUGAAAUAAAAGCAGUU